CUUUCCCCAAAACUUUCAUACAAACAAAAACAAAUCCUUCAUUUAACUUUCUUCAUUUUGGUAACAUCCCAAAUCACAAUUUCUUUUAAACAAAAAUAGAUCCAUUGAAAAACAUUUGACAUUUUGUCAAUCUUUGGUGUUUGAAACCCUCAUUUUCUUUAUUAUUAAUUCAUUCUUCAUCACUUCUAGGGUUCUUUUUCAUCAACCCAUUUCCCCAAUUUAGCUAAAUUUCAAUUUUUAGUGGUGGGUUUUUUUUUUUUUUUUAAUCAUAAUCUUGAAAUUUUGAAUCUUUUUUCCAAUUUCUUGAAAACCCAGUUCGUAUUUUCAAUUUAGAUCAUGAAAUUGUGAAAAAGUUUGAAUCUUUUUGUGAUUUUCAAACCACCCAACUCGAGAUUACAUCAGGGUAGUUAAUAAUUAAUAUUAUUAUUUAUUAUAUUUUAAAAAAAAUUACAGCAAUGUGUUGAGGAUGAAGAAGAGAUGUGGUGUGGGAAAAAGAAAUGGAUGUAAGAUCUGAAAGCAGUAGUAGUGUGAGGUGGGGUAAGUUACCUGGGCAAGUGAUCCAACGGUCCAGAUUACAAGUGUGGUUCAUUAGGGUUUGUUCCACCAUUUUGAUUUGGACUUGUUUGGUUCAGCUUUUGACCGUUGGUGAGCUUUGGCAUCCGCGGUUCUUCACCGGGUUUUUUUUUAACCCGAUAAAUGUAUCCACUGUUCAUCUGCCACCCCCAAGGAAUUAUACGAGUAACGGGUUUCUCAAAGUUUCUUGUAACGGGGGUUUAAACCAAAUGAGAGCUGCGAUAUGUGACAUGGUGACAGUUGCUCGUCUUCUAAAUCUCACUUUGGUUGUCCCGGAGCUCGAUAAAACAUCUUUCUGGGCUGAUCCUAGUGAUUUUGAGGACAUAUUUAAUGUCGGCCACUUCAUCGAUUCACUAAGAGAUGAAGUCCGGAUUGUUAAACGAGUGCCAAAGAGAUUUAGCCGAAAUAAUGGAUCCCAGCCAUUAGAGAUGCCACCUGUCAGCUGGUCGAGUGAAAAAUAUUAUCUUGAACAGAUUCUUCCGCUUUUUAACAAGCAUAAGGUGAUACACUUUAAUCGAACGGAUACGCGAUUAGCAAACAAUGGCAUUCCACCUCAUCUUCAAAAGCUUAGGUGUCGUGUCAAUUUCCAUGCGUUAAAGUUCACACCUUCGAUUGAAGCUCUUGGGAACAAAUUGAUUAGUAUUCUUCAAGAAAAAGGGCCGUUUAUGGCUUUACACUUGAGAUAUGAGAUGGACAUGUUGGCAUUUUCGGGUUGUACACAUGGAUGCACCACCGAAGAAUCCGAGGAACUCAAACGUUUGAGAUAUGCGUUCCCAUGGUGGAGGGAGAAAGAGAUAGCGUCGGAAGAACGAAGAUCGCAAGGUCUUUGUCCUCUUACACCUGAAGAAGCAACAUUAGUUCUACAAGCACUCGGGUUUGGCCAAGACACACAAAUAUAUAUUGCUUCCGGUGAAAUUUACGGCAGUGAAAAACGACUUGCCGUUUUAAGAAAUACGUUUCCUCGUAUCGUGAAGAAAGAAACGUUAUUAGAUCCGGAAGAAUUGAGACAGUUUCAGAAUCAUUCAUCUCAAAUGGCGGCUCUUGAUUUCAUGGUUUCGGUUGCUAGUAACAUUUUUGUUCCGUCUUAUGAUGGUAAUAUGGCAAAGCUUGUUGAAGGUCACCGAAGGUACCAUGGGUUCAAGAAAACCGUCCAAUUAAACCGAAAAAAACUUGUAGAAUUGAUAGAUUUGCACCAAAACGGGACGCUGUCAUGGGAAGGGUUUUCGAACGCUGUGAAAUCAUCACAUGAAGAACGAAUUGGCCGACCAAAACAUCGUACAAUAAUUACAGAAAAACCUAAAGAAGAAGACUACUUUUAUGCCAACCCUGAAGAAUGCUUUUGUGAGAUGGCAAAUUGUAGCCACUCGAUUCGAUGAAGCUGAUUUUCAUUAUUGUUUUGUUAUGGGAUUUGCAGAAGAUGAGAUUUGUGGAGAAUGGCGGAAAUAGAAAGCGCGAGAGUUGUUUAUAUGUGACGAGUGCGAAAAGGAAGCACUCGGCUUUUAUGGCAUAAAGAUUUGUUCUUUUUUUAAUUUUCUGCACUUUAGUUGAAUAUAAAUACUUAUAGUUAUAAGAAUCAUAAUCUUCUUUGAUAAUUCUACAAGAUUUGUUCA